AAAGAAAAGAAAAAAAAAAAGGACAUGACGUAACCUUUGCCCUCUUUGAACCUAAAACCCUUGCUCUGCUCUCCAACUCGGCAACCCAAACAUGGCCACGCUCUCUGACGCUCGGGCAGUCAAGUCUCUCAACAAUUCAGCCGGCCGCCGCCGCUUUGUGUUCAAGACAAUUGCACAAAGAAUAGAGGAAAUCGACAUUAAUGUGUACCGAAGGCUUGAUCCUUUAAUAGCUGAACCUUCUGAAGGCUCCUCCUUCUUUCGCGACACUCUUGUACAAUAUAGGGAGUUGAACACUGCAGAAGAUUUUAUAGCUGUUUAUGAGGAAUUGUUACCUUUAGUUCAAACUCUUCCUCAAAUUAUUUUGCAAAAGGAUUUUAUACUGUCGAGCCUUUUGUCUAGAAUGACAAUGGAAGCGAGAUUAUCACAAGAACCUAUAUUAAGGUUAAUUGCUGCUUUAUCAAGAGAUUUACUGGAGGAUUUCAUACCCUUUCUUCAAAGAAUUGCUGAUUCCUUUGGCACUCUUCUUGAAAGUGGUGCUGACAGGGACCCUGAGAUAAUUGAGCAGAUAUUUACGUCAUGGUCAUAUAUCAUGAUGUACCUGCAGAAGUAUCUUAUGAAGGAUGUUGGAUAUGUUCUAAGAGUUACUGCAAACUUGAGAUACUACCCAAAAGAUUAUGUCCGAGAGUUUAUGGCCGAGUCUGUAUCAUUUGUUUUGAGAAAAACACCAGUUCAGCAGCUGAGAAAAGAUAUUAUGAUACUCAUGGCUGAAGUUGAAGAGGAACCUUCAGAAAUGAAAAAAUCUGGCGUUGCUGCAUUACUUUCUCAUGUAAUGAGAAUUACCUCAUCAAGAUUGCACUCAAAGGCUGAAGCGUUAUUGCCACUACUGGUGGACGACUCUUCCUUCCAAGUUUGUGAUCUAAGUGUUGAAGGCUCAAGAGCUUUUCUUGAAGUUCUGACUCUGGCCUUUGAGAGACUGUAUGAGGAUCUAGAUGGGCUGCAAUUGGCUGUUAUAUGGAAAUGCUUGUGUGAAAAGAUAGCAGAUUCUGUUGGGAGUGGAAACUUCGUACACCUGAGUCGUCUCUUGACUCUGCUUAUUUCUAUACUGCAGAAUGAUAAUCGUGGGAAAAUUUCUGAUUAUGGAGCCAUGGUUGAAUUAGUAGGUUUGCUGGUGCGAACUUAUUUUGCUUCUCAUUGUACCAUGAAGGUUGUGGACACAGAGGACACACACAAUGAGGUCAUCGAUAAAGUUCUAGACCUAAUGCUUUGCAUUAUUGGUGGUUUAGCUACUAACAACAUGGCAGCUUUGCGGCUAGUUUCUUCACAAUGGGUGUCAGUAUUUGAUAUAAGGAAUAGAAGUUUAUUGACAUUCAUUGAAAAUCUUCUGAUGAAGGACCGUAGUAUUUUCCAUGUCUUUCGAACACAUAUUAUACGUGCAUUCAGUAAUUUGAUAGAAAUAUCCCAAGAAGAGGUUCUAUAUCUGAUGGUAAAGUUGUGCGAGAAAUUUGCAAACGGAAGCUCUAGCGUUAUGGAUGGGGAAUCCAUUGAAGAACUCUCUGUGAUCUGCAAUUAUUUUCAAGAGACUCUUCACUGUUGGAUUAGAAAAAUCAAUGAAGUUGUAAAAGGAAAUUUAUUUGCCGUUCCAUUUCAACAAAAUGAGUUGGCAGUCCUAUGGGGUGUUAUUAGGUGCUAUUCUCAUUUUGCAGAUGCUGAAGCAAAUCCAUCUUUACUUAUGGACUUGAUAAAUGUAAUUGACAAGCUUCUGAUGGUCGGAUCAAUCACUUCUGAUAACAUGCUCCACAGAAUUGAAUAUAUCCUACUUGAGAUGUUGCUUGCAGAGAACUUGUCAGUACACUGCUCAGAAGAUUUUCUGUUCUUCUAUUCGGAUAUAUCUGCUAUUCUGCUGAUAUGUUGCUUUGGUCCAUACAUGCUUAGCCGAUAUUUUUGUGUAGAUCUUUCAGGUUUCCAGGAAAGCACUUGGUAUAGCCUGAUUGCUGCUGCUCUGCGUGCUUAUCAUAAGUUAGUUUUCAGCAGGAAAAAUGCUCAUGAUGAGUCUGCAAUUAUCAAGUUUUUGGAUCUUGUGAAACGAUAUAAGUUGUCACCUAAGAUUUUAUCUGCAGUGGCCGAAUCUGUGCAUUCAUUAUUUGAGUUUCCUAUUUCACAAGAUAGAAAAUGGCAAUUGUAUUUUCCAGAAUAUAUAGCUGGAAAGACGUUGGAUGCAUUGGACAUAUUCGCUGAAAAUCUAUGCCAUGCCAACAGAGAGAUUCGCCUUUCUACCAUUUGCAUAUUGUGCCAUUAUGAACCUUUACAUCGUCAACAGUCUAAGGAAAAGCUUCCUGUUGAAGAUAGUACCCCAAUUGAUGUUUCUGAGGCUAGUCAUGUGGAUGACUUCAAUAAUGUUCUCAACCUUCUCAGAUCGAUUGAAGAGACUGAACUUUCAAUCGCCACAAGUCGUGAAGUCACUCUGCGAAUAUCUAAAAUACAGAUGAGUCUUAGUUCUCAGAGACUUGCGGACCAGUAUAUUCCUGUAGUUUUAAGUGGAAUAAUUGGAAUAUUUCACAACCGUUUUAGCUAUUUGUGGACUCCAGCCUUAGAGUGCCUCGCUGUCCUUGUUGGCCAAUAUUCUCGGUUGGUGUGGAGCAGAUACAUCGAGUAUCUUGAUCAUUGUCAAUCUGUUUUCUUAGCAUCUAAUCAUCAACAUGGAGAUCAUCAUUCUGACAAGGUUACUGGUUUGGUCGGAUGCUUCACUGCUGAUAUUUUCACUGUAUUUGAUAGUACUCCAUCAACAACAGUCUUAUCCCUCUUGAUUCAGACUUUACAAAGAGUUCCAUCUGUAGUUGAAUCUCAUUCUCGGCAAAUAGUACCUCUAUUUCUGAAAUUCUUAGGCUACAGUGUUGGUGAAAUCACAAGGCUUCUCAAUCAGAAUGAUGCUGAUAUACAGAUGUUGGUUCUUGAUUGCCUGUUGAACUGGAAAGACGAUUUCUUGCUUCCAUAUGCUGAGAAUCUUAAAAACCUGAUCAAUGCAAAAACUCUAAGAGAGGAGCUUACAAGAUGGAACUUAUCCAGAACUUCCAUGGAAUCUAUUGAUAUCCGGCAUAGAGCUCAUAUUGUACCUAUAGUCAUACGAACGCUAAUGCCAAAAGUUAAAAAUAAGAACGCAAGUGGACAUCAUAGAAGGGCAGUUCUUGGAUUCUUAACCCAGCUUGAUGUUGACGAACUUCCUCUAUUCUUCUGGCUGUUAAUUAAACCACUACUUUCUAUUCCUCAAAGUGACUGUGGGGACACGAAAAGUUUCUGGAGUUCACCCCAAAUUCACAAGGCCGAGACUGAUGAGUCUGAGAUCUUGAAGUAUUUUACAAUGGAUACCAUAAUGGCCCUAUCUUGGAAGAAAAUAUAUGGUUUUCUGCACGUUGUUGAAGAUAUUUUCACAGUUUUUGAUGAACCUCACGUCAAUCCUUUUCUUAAUCUACUGAUGCAUUUUGUUGUGCGGAUUUUAGCAAGCUGCACAUCUUCCUUUGGCGAUGAAUCAUCUUCUGUGGAUAACUAUUCUAGCUUAAACUCGGAAGCAUCCGACCACAAUGACGUGGGGGAUAAAAACACGGAGAGGAAAGCUGUGAAGAAGGACUUAAGAUCCUUAUGCCUUAAAAUCAUAUUUGGUGUUCUUUGUAAAUAUGAGGAUCAUGAUUUUGGUGGUGCAUUUUGGGACACAUUCUUUGUGUCAAUUGGACCUUUAAUAGCUAAUUUUAGGCAAGAAGGUGCCAGUAGCAAGAAGCCUAGUUCGCUGUUUUAUUGCUUCCUUGCAAUGAGCAAAAAUUACAAGCUUGUGCCACUUCUAGUCAGGGAAAAGAGUCUGGUCCCUGAUAUUAUUUCAAUGCUUACUGUCCCGUCAGCUUCGGAAUCAAUUUUAUCCUGUGUUUUGAAGUUUAUAAAAAAUUUGUUGAAGCUUGACAGCGAACUGGGUAGUGAAGACACUAGUGUGAAAAGAGUUCUGCUUCCUCAUCUGGAGCUGCUUAUAAGCAGCUUGCAUAGCGUGUUCACAAGUGGCAAUGGUACUAAAAGGCUGUUGGCCAAGUCUCCUGGCAAAAGAGACUUCACUAUCUUCAGCUUGUUAUCAAAGUAUAUACAAGAAACUUCAGCAGCCGAAACAUUUAUUGAUAUGUUGUUCCCUCUUCUUACAAAGACAUCUCAGAAUUUCGAUACAUGCAUUGAUAUUCUGCAAAUGAUCAGACAAUUGGUAACAGUGAUGGGGAGUGGUAGCAGUAAAAAAGUCUUGAUUUCGAUAACACCACUGCUUAUUUCUGCUGGUUUGGUCGUCCGUAAUUCUAUAUGUGAUGUUCUGGAUUCUGUCGCAGCAAAUGAUUCGUCUGUUCUUAUACUGGCACAAAUUCUUCGUGAACUGAAUGCAACCUCAGAAGUGGAGAUGGGUGCUCUUGACUAUGACAAAGUGCUCUGUGCUUAUGACAAGAUCAAUGUGAGAUUCUUUUGCACCAUUUCUGAGGAGCAUGCGCUGCCAAUCUUGGCUCAUGCUGUUCAUGACAUGUCAUCGGAAGAGCUGAUCUUACGGCAAAGUGCAUUCAGAUUGUUGCUCUCCUUCAUUGAAUUUUCUGGUGAGAUCCUGAGUGGAUCUCUGAAACCUGACCAGAUAUGGUCAGAAACCAGCAUUCAGCGCUUAGUGAACAACUUCUUCUUGAAGCAUAUGAGAAAUGCAAUGAUUAAGGAGAGUGCUGUGAAAAAGGUAUGGAUUGAUUUGCUUCGAGAGAUGAUACUGAAAAUCCCCAAGGUGGCAAAUCUUGAGUCAUAUAGGGCUUUAUGCUGUGAUGAUGCAGAACAAGACUUCUUCAGAAACAUAGUUCACUUACAGAAACACAGGAGAGCAAAGGCAGUGUCUCUCUUUGGGAACAUUGUCAGUUCUGGGAAUCUUUCAGAGGUCAUCACAAAUAAAGUGUUUGUCCCACUGCUUUUGAACAUGUUAUUUGAUGCUGAAAAUGGAAAAGAUGAACAUAUCAAGAGCGCAUGUGUGGAUGCCUUGGCAUCCAUUUCUGGUCGCAUGAAGUGGGAUCGGUAUUAUGGCUUGUUACUUAGUUGCUUCAAUGAUCUGAAACUCAAACCAGACAAGCAAAAGAUUUUGCUGCGGCUUAUCUGCUCGAUUCUUGACCAUUUCCAUUUUUCAGAGUCAUCUUUGGACUAUAAAGCCAAAAAUUCUGCUUCUGAUACUCCUGAUCCGUAUACCAUCAAUAUGAGAUCUUUGUUAGAAUUGAGAAAGUCCACCAAUUCUGUUGAACUUCCUGAAGUACAGAUGUGCUUGCACAAAAAAUUGUUCCCCAUGAUUCAAAAGUUGUUGGCCUCCAACUCUGACAACAUCAACGUCAAUAUGAGCCUGGUUGCACUUAAAAUUCUGAAGUUGCUCCCUGGUGAAAUAAUGGACUCGCAACUUCCGACUAUUAUUCACCGAAUAUCAAACUUCCUAAAGAAUCGGCUAGAAAGUGUGCGGGAUGAAGCUAGGUCUGCACUGGCAGCUUGCUUAAAGGAGCUAGGAUUGGAGUACUUGCAAUUCAUUGUCAAAGUUCUGAAGAGCACUUUGAAGAGAGGUUAUGAAUUGCAUGUUCUGGGGUACACUCUCAAUUUCUUGUUGUCAAAGUUCAUUAAAAAUCCAAUCUCUGGAAGGUUGGACUACUGUUUGGAGGACCUUCUUUCUGUUGUAGAGAAUGAUAUCCUUGGGGAUGUUUCUGAAGAGAAAGAGGUGGACAAGAUUGCUUCAAAGAUGAAAGAAACCAGGAAACAGAAGUCUUAUGAAACUCUCAAAUUGAUUGCUCAGAGCAUCACUUUCAAGACUUGCGCUUUGAAACUGCUUUCUCCUGUCACAGCUCAGCUGCAUAAGCAGCUUACACAGAAAGUUAAAGUGAAACUAGAGAACAUGUUAAAUCACAUUGCUUCUGGCAUUGAAUGCAAUCCUUCUGUGAAUCAGACAGAGCUGUUUAUAUUUGUCAAUUGCCUUAUCAAAGAUGGUAUUGAUGAUGAAGGAAACGGACAUGGAAAUAGUUAUAUUUCCAGUAGCAAAACCAACAAAAAUGAUGAGAGUGUGCGGGCAAUUCAUUCCAACAAAUUAGUCAAUGUUGAUAGACAAUUUUCUCAUCUGAUAACAGCAUUUUCUCUUGGAGUUCUGCAGAAUUACAUGAAAACAUUGAAACUUAACAAAGAAGAUGAACUACUGUUGUCACUGCUAGACCCAUUUGUCAGUUUAUUGGGCCAGUGCUUGAGUUCCAAGCAUGAAAACAUUAUAAUUUCAGCACUUCGGUGUUUGUCGGUGCUAGUCAGGUUGCCCUUGCCAUCCUUUCAAUCCGAGGCUGAGAAGAUAAAAACUUCAUUGUUGGUUAUUGCACAAGGGUCUGUAACUGCUACCAGUCUGUUGACGGAGUCAUGUCUGAAGUUGUUGACCAUGCUGCUGCGUAGCACUAGAGUUACUCUUUCAGCUGAUCAGUUGCAUAUGCUGAUUCAGUUCCCCUUGUUUGUUGACUUGGCAAAGAAUCCCACUUUUGUUGCCCUUUCUCUUUUGAAAGCCAUUGUCAACCGGAAACUGGUGGUCCCAGAGAUAUAUGAUGUUGUUCAGAUUGUGGCAGAACUGAUGAUACAAAGUCAACACGAACCUAUUCGUAAGAAGUGUAGUCAAAUCUUACUUCAGUUUUUACUUGGCUACCAUCUUUCGGAAAAGCGUCUACAGCAACAUCUCGACUUUUUACUUGCCAACCUGAGAUACGAGCAUUCUACUGGAAGGGAAGCUGUUCUUGAGAUGCUUCAUGCAAUUAUAAUAAAAUUUCCUAAAAAUGUUGUAGACACACAAUCUCAGACAUUGUUUCUGCACUUAGUUGUUUCUUUGACAAAUGAUGAGGACAGUAAAGUUCGCUCCAUGGCUGCUGCUGCAAUGAAGUGUCUCAUUGGGCAUGUGAGCUUGCAUUCGCUUCAAUCUAUUCUUGAGUAUAGUCUGUCUUGGUACCUUGGGGACAAACAGAAUCUGUGGGCUGCUGCUGCACAGGUUUUGGGUUUACUGUUGGAAGUAAUGGGAAAAAGUUUUGAGAAACACCUUAAUAAAGUGUUUCCAGUAAUGAGAAGCAUUUUUCAGUCUGCUGUCUCCUCUCUUACAUCAAGUGAACAAAAUUUAUCAGAUGAAGCCGUUGUUCCAUUCUGGAAGGAGGCAUAUUAUUCAUUAGUUUUAUUGGAGAAGAUCCUGAAGCAGUUCCAUGAUAUGUUCUUUGAUAAGGAUCUUGAGGACAUAUGGGAAUCUCUCUGCUCCUCGUACCUAUUGCAUCCGCACAUGUGGUUACGCACCAUAUCAAACCGGAUCUUGUCUCAUUACUUUGCUGCAGUAACUGAUGCUUGCAAAGAUAAAUUGUUAAUGGAAAAAUUUGUCCUUAUGAAACCAAGCAUACUUUUCCACACAGCCGUUUGCUUAUGUUGUCAACUGAAGGUGCCAAUGAUUGAAGAUGGUGCUGGCACAGUUAUUUUGCAAAACCUUGUAUUUGCAGUUUGUGGGCUUCAUGCUAUUUUUGAAAAUGACAAGUGCAUGGAUGUUUCAACGUUCUGGUCAAGCCUUGACCGGGUUGAACAAGACAGGUUUCUUAAAGCUUUUGGGCUUCUCGAUCCAAGAAAAGGAAGGAGGACACUGACUUCUUUGACUUGUGAUGCCAGUGGCCAGCAAAAUAAGCAUCACCAUCCAUUUAUCUCACUUCUCCUUCAGAGAAUGGGAAAGAUUGCAUUUCAGAUGGAGGCUUCUCAGAUAAAAAUUGUGUUCAAUUGUUUCAAAUUGAUCUCGCCAAAACUCCUUGGUGGUUAUGGAGAGCUUUCAGCAAUUGGCAGUGAUGACUUGCAUAGCUAUGCAUAUCAUAUACUUUUGCCGUUGUACAGAGUCUCUGAAGGAUAUACCGGAAUGGUUGUUACAGAUGAUCUGAAACAAAUAGCGGAGGAAGCCAUUGAAAGCAUCAAAGGCAUGAUAGGGGUUCAGAAUUUUAUCGGAGUCUACAGCCAAAUAAGGAAGAAUCUGAAAGCAAAACGGGACAAGAGGAAACGAGAAGAAAAGGUGAUGGCAGUGGUAAAUCCAAUACGAAAUGCCAAGAGGAAGCUUAGGAUGGCAGCCAAGCACCAGGCUCAUAAGAAGAGGAAAAUUAUGACCAUGAAAAUGGGGAGAUGGAUGCGCUAACUAUUCAUCAUGUACGACCUGCUGGUGGAGGCCCUAGUUUUCUCGUGCAAGGGCUUCAAGUCUUCCAUGGGCCGGGCU